UGGUAAAUGGGAGCAAUAAUGACAACGUCCGUUACAAUGGCGGGUUCCACGAGCUUUCUUCUUCUGUUCUGUGCAACUCUGAACCAUCUCUCUGCACUAAACAAAACAAAAUCAAAAGGGAAACAAAGCAAAGCAAAGCAGAGUCUUUCUCACUAUCCAAACAAUAUAUUCAAUUUUUUUUCACAUCCCCACAAAACCCUCUUCACGCAUCUCUAUAAAUCAUUUAAUUUUUGUUUUCAUGUUCUCUGAAUUCAAUAACUAAACUACAAAAAACCCAUAUCUUAGUUUCAUCAAUCUUCUUCUCUCUCUGCAUGGACGGUCAUUUCUUGUUCUCUGUAAUCUCAACGGUCAGAUUUCUCCCUCCCUUCUCUCUCUUUGCAUGUAUCAAAUGAGAGAGCACCAUGAGUGGAACUGCUGGAUCAAGUUUCCAUAGUGGGUUUUAUUCUUCUUCUACUUCUUCAGUUUUGGCUACACUUUUCGUUGCUAGUAGUAUUAUGGGCUGCGGACCAUCCAAAGUCGACGACUUACCUUUGGUGACCCUUUGUAAAGAACGUAAAGAACUAAUCAAAGCGGCGUCGAUUCACCGUUCCGCUCUCGCGGCUGCUCAUGUCACCUACUUCCACUCUCUCCGGGACGUUGGUGAAGCGAUCCGCAGAUUCGUCGACGAAGAACUCGUCGUCGGAUCUGUGUCUUCGGCUGAUUCCCCUGUUCUCACAUUGCCUUCCGACGAAUUCAAAUACUCAAAAAAGAACAAGAAAAAAGACGACGACAACUUUCCUUCCUCUUCUUCAACUUCCCUUUCCCAUUCCAUUGAAGAAAACAGCAAACACACGAAAAAAGUCAAAGAAGAAAGUGAUGGAGAGGAUUCUCAUUUGGAUUUGUCAUCUGGGUCACCUUCAAUUUCCGGUUCAGGGUCCAAUACAGGUCCUGCUUCUCCUUCGGGUCCUAUUCAAAUGGAUCAUAGUCAUAGCCAUAGCCCUGAAGAAGAGGGAGCAACGCCUUAUGGUUACAACUAUGGCUAUGGCUAUGGCUACGGAUAUCCUUACUCUCCCCCUCAAGAAAACUGGGGGUAUAAUGGUAAUUCUACUUCUAUGUAUUACAUGAAGAAAUCUGCUACACCUUCUCAAUCUUUUAUUUAUCAGGAGCCUGAGGGACAUUCAAGUUAUGGCUACUCAAGUUAUCAAAAUGGGGGCUUUUUUGGGAACUCUUUGGGGUCUCCAGGAGGGGGAUAUGGAUAUGGGCAGAGGAAUUCUCCUCCUGAUCCACCACAACCACCGCCAGCGCCGCCGUCUCCGCCGAGAAACUCGACAUGGGAUUUUCUUAAUGUGUUUGACAGUUUUGAUAGUAGUGGGUAUCCGGGCUACUACUCUGCAGCUAGAUACUGGUAUGGGUCGACUACGAGUAGCCCAGAUUCGAAGGAGGUGAGGGAAAGAGAAGGGAUCCCUGAUUUGGAAGAUGAAACUGAAACUGAGAUGUUAAGAGCUGCUCAUAAAGAGAAGAGGAAAAUAAUGAAUGAGGAAAUGAAUCAUAAUUAUAAUAAUAGUAAUAAAAUUAGGAACUUUGGUGAAGGUACUUCAAAGUCAGUUCCAGUUCAAAGUGCAAAUAUUACUACUGAUGGAUCAACUUCCGCUUCAAAGGCAAUGCCAUCUAGCAAAAGUGAGAGCUUGGAGUCUGGUGGUCAUAUUAAUAUUAAUAUAAGUAGUGAAAGUGGUGAUACUAUUGUUACAAAGAGUUCUGAGGAAGGGCAUGCAAAGAACAAAAUGGUGAGUUUUGAGGUAGAAGAGGUAUCAAAUUUGGAGGUUGAGUCUUCCAAGCGAAGUAGUUUAACUACAUUGUCCGUUCAUGGUACAAGGGAUCUCCAGGAGGUUGUGAAGGAGAUUAAGGAUGAGUUUGAGACUGCCUCUAGUUAUGGGAAAGAGGUUGCUAUAUUGCUUGAGGUCGGCAAGCUGCCUUAUCAGCGGCGUAAAGGAACUGGGUUUCGAGUGAUCUUUUCCAGGAUCCUAUAUUUGGUAGCACCUAACAUGUUAUCAUCACAUCCUCCACCCAGAUCAUCCAUACAAAUAACUUCUAGGACAAUGAAAAUGGCAAAAGAAUACUGUCAGGUAUCAGCGCAGGACGAAAAACAUAGAAAUCUUUCAUCAACUUUGGAGGAACUUUAUGCAUGGGAAAAGAAAUUAUAUAAAGAAGUCAAGGAUGAAGAAAGGCUACGGGUUAUUUAUGAGAAGAAAUGUAAGCGACUGAGAAUGUUGGAUGUUCAAGGAGCAGAGCCCAGCAAGAUUGAUGCAACACAGGCUUCAAUAAGAAAGUUGCUGACAAAAAUUAAUGUUUGUAUAAAGGCUGUUGAAGCUAUAUCAACUAGGAUACAUAAGAUAAGGGAUGAAGAAUUGCAGCCCCAGCUCACUGAAUUGGUUCAUGGAUUGAUAAGAAUGUGGAAAUCCAUGCUUAGAUGCCAUCAGAAACAAUUCCAAGCAAUAAUGGAGAGCAAAGUUCGCUCUCUUAGAGCAAAUACUGGUUUUCAUAGAGAUUCAGGCUUGAAAGCUACUGUUGAGCUUGAGAUGGAGCUUUUGGACUGGUGCACUCGCUUUAAUAAUUGGAUUAACACCCAAAAGGCAUAUGUUGGGUCCUUAUAUGAAUGGCUUAUGAGAUGCAUUGAACGUGAACAGGAAAUAACUGCUGAUGGAGUUGCUCCUUUCUCUCCAGGUCGGGUUGGAGCUCCACCAAUUUUUGUAAUUUGCAAUGAUUGGUACCAAGCAAUUGAUGGAGUUUCAGAAAAGGGUGUAGCAAAUGCCAUGCACAAUUUUGCUUCCAACCUACACCAGUUAUGGGAAAGGCAAGAUGAGGAGCAACGUCGGAGGACCAGAGCGCAAUAUCUCUCAAAGGAUUUUGAGAAACGGCUUAGGGAGUUUCGCUUAGAGAGGCAGAGGAUAGAGCAGGAGCAAGAUGCAUUAUCCCAUAAAACUGCUGUUUCCAAGGUUCCUUCCGAAAGUGGAGUUUCACCGCUGGAUGACCUAAAGGUGGAUUUGGAUUCUAUGAGUAAGAAAUUAGAUGAAGAGAGAGCUAGGCAUAAGGAUGCCAUCAAAUUAGUUAAUGAUGCUGCUUCAAGUAGUUUACAAGCAGGUUUGGUCCCAAUCUUCGAAGCCUUGGGUAACUUUACCUCAGAGGUUUUGAAAGCUCAUGAGCAGGUCAGACUCGAAAAUGCUGGAGCCUCCUAGCUUGAUAUCUCCCUAGGAAGAAAGCCUGCCUUUUGUAUGUACAGUAGACGCCAUGUGAUAUUAGAUUUGCCAACAAAGACAGCUAGGCAUAACAGAAAGUGACUUUGAGGAGAACUUGUUUGGGGUUGGGGGUUGUAGAAUCCUUGAUACAAAAAUGAACGUUGGAAGAAAGUUUUCCCAGCAGAUACUGGCUUGAAACCUUAAAUCCCCCUAGUUAAUUAGAAAUAGCCCCUUAACAUAUGGUUAGGUAGCAAUUUUGUACAGAAAAUAUUCAUUUAUCGGUGGAUUGGUUGUAAGUUGACUGUAUGGGAGGAGGAUUAUAGCUAGGAGUAGACAUAUAUUGUAGUUCAGUAGCUUCAAAACAAAUUUUAAUAGGUUAGAUAUAUGGAAAGCUCUUUUUGGCUGCUUCCUGUUAUGUUAAAAUCCUAGAGAUCACGUUAUUCAAAAAAUUUUCCAGAAUAAUGCCAGAGUCUUAGAUUAAGGGCAGUCUUUAGAUCAUCCCAGGUUCUAGUAGUAGUGCCUAAUUUGCACGAGAAGGUGGCAAUGAUCCUGCUAUCAUGGUAAUGAAUUAGAACUCCAUCUCCAGCAGGUCCAGGAUUUCCUAUAGAGGAUCCAUAUGUGUCGAUUUUGAACAUGCAUCCCUUCAUGAGGUGGCUCCUAUCUUCUGCAUAGGAUGGUUUUUGUAGUGGUUUUAGAAGAUUUGCAAGGCCAAGCAAAAUAUUCAGCAGCUUUGGUUUAUCAAUAGUGUUUCCAGAUGGAGUAUCCUCGUUAUUGUAAUUUAUCAAAAUCUAACCGGAAAGAAUCGACACCAUAUUGGGUGCUUCUCUAAAUUUUGGAAAGAUACGAUGGAUGAUAUUCUCAUUUUCAUGACCAAGUAUAUGACAACUAGGAUUAGG